ACAUGAACAAUAGAGGUUACUCCGACAUUGGCUACAGCUUCCUGGUUGGUGAAGAUGGCAAUGCAUACGAAGGUCGUGGGUUCAGCACCCAAGGCGCACACACAAGAGGGUAUAACUCACAGGCCAUUGCGAUCUCAUUCAUAGGUAACUUCGAAAAUAGGAACGCCAACGCAGCUGCCCAGCGAGCUGCAAAUGACGUCAUUGCAUGUGGAAUCUCCAGAGGUUACAUAAGCCCGAAUUACGAACUUUUCGGUCACCGAGAUGGUGGUUGCACGGCGUGUCCAGGAAAAUAUCUGUACUCGACCAUAAAGAGCUGGCCAAGGUUCAGUGGAAGGGGAUUGAAGAAAUAUUGCUGAAUAAUUAUUAUAUAAAUGAUUUAAUAUUAGGAGAAUAAAACACACUCCUUUUCACUCGUGCUAACCGACAUAUUAAAAUUUCGACAGUCUAUUGAGCAUCACAUUUCCAUAGAUACUGAGUUCAAACCGAAAGAAGACU